UGAUAAAGUUGUUUUCAGGGGGUGGGUCAAGUCCAUAAAUACGGCUUCCAGGACACAGUUCUCAUCAUUCUUGAGAAGAUACAAAGAGGAACACAAGAUGUCAAUUUUACUGCAACUAGCAAUUGCCUUAUCAGUAUCUGUGGUGCUGGCACAGAGAAACGUGAACACAUUAAACAACUGCAAUCCAGUUAUAAAAUGUACCAGUUGUACUGGAUUUACAAAUAUUACAUCCUUUCGAACGAUUGAUGGAACAUGCAACAAUUUAAAGAGAAGAACAAUGGGAGCAGCAAACACUCCUUUGGGUAGACUUCUUGCUGCUGAUUAUGUCGACAAAAGAAAAUUAGACACACCUCGUGGAUUCCCUAGAACCCUACCUGUCGUACCUACACCGCAUGAGGUAUCUGCUGCCGUAUUUAGAGUGCAAAUGGAAAACAAGGAAAGAGCAUCGAAGGGACUGUCAGCAAUGUUUAUGUCUCUUGGUCAAUUCAUAGAUCACGAUGUAGGAUCAACUCCACAUCCUUCGUGCAAUGUUUCUGCCGGUUGUGCUUCAAACUCAGCGUUCAGAUAUCCUUGCUUUCCUAUCCGAUUUCAACACAAUGGAGCAAACUGCUCUAGUUUUGCACGAUCUAUUCCGGUUUGCCAAAGCGGUCGCAGAAAAACAAGACAACAAAUUAAUGUACUUUCAUCGUAUCUUGAUCUCUCACAAGUUUACAGCAAUAGUUUUAAAAAAGCUCAAAGUCUAAGAACAUUAGAUGGCAGAGGUGAGCUGAAAGUCACUCGGUCGGGUCUACUCCCCAUCGCCAGACCCGCAUCCGACACAUCAUGUGACAAUGCUGCGGGAUGCUCCCUUGUUGGUGAUGAAAGAGGGGAUGAAAACAUAGCCCUGUCUGCCAUGCAUACCAUUUGGGUACGCAAUCACAACUUCAUAGCACGCAGGCUUCGAAGAGUGAGGAGAAGAGGAGGAAAAGCUUGGACGGAAGAUCUACUAUUUGAAACAGCAAGAAAAAUCAAUAUUGCCAUUUACCAGAGGAUUGUCUAUAAAGAAUUUUUGCCUGAAUUGGUUGGUUUAUCUGGGUAUCCAGGAUACAAAAGCCACGUUGAUACAAGUUUGCUUAAUGUCUUUUCAGCUGCAGCUUUUAGGUUUGGUCACAGUCUUGUUCCAAACGCAUGGUCACAGCUUAAUAAAAAUUUUGACCAGCAAUUUCCAGAUAUCUCCCUUCAAGCUUCAUUUUUCAACACAACCAGCCUUCGUCAACGCGGUAUAGAACCAACUGCAUUUGGCUUGCUUGCAAAUCAAUCACAAGUAGUUGAUACAAAAUUUGCCUUCGGAAUUGCUCGACGUUUAUUCGUUCCUGUUGGAGAAAUACGACAUGAAGAUUUGACAGCUUUAAACAUACAAAGAGGACGUGAUCAUGGUCUAAGAACCUAUGGGGCGUGGCGAAAAGUGUGUGGAUUGAAAAAGUUACAAGGAUUCUCUGAUUUAAGGCAUUCAAUGCCACGAUCUGUGAUUACCGGAUUCAAGAGAUUAUAUAAAAGUCCAAACGACAUAGAUAUCUUUGCCGCCGGAAUAGCGGAGCACCAUUCGGGCCGUAAAAUGCUGGGACCAACCUUUCAAUGCAUCUUAAGGAAACAGUUUGAGAGACUACGAGACGGUGAUCGAUUUUUCUACGAAGCACGCGGCGUUUUCACAACAGCUCAAAGAGCUGAAAUCCGUAAGAUGACUUUUUCUGAAGUGUUAUGCAAUACAUUGCACGGAAUCGUAUCAAUUCAAAGAAAAUCCUUAAAGGCUGCCACAUCCAGCACAGCACGUGUCGUUUGCAGCAGGAUUCCCGGAAUGAAUUUCGGUCGUUGGAAUCUUUAGAAUGCAUCAUAACUUUCAUUGCACUGAAAGACUGCAAAUCUAAAUCUUGUUUAUUUUAAUUAGCACAUAAGAUCUGUAUAACAGUUCAUAAAUAAAAUUACCAGCACACUAA